AUCAAACAGCCGUGAUCUGGCCCUUUAAGAUCCCGCCUUUCCAGGAGUGAAUGAGACCUUAGCAGACUGCAGCAGCAGCCCCUCCUCGCCCUCCUCCUUUCCUCCUUCCCUCCUUCCCCUCCCCGGCUGCCGUUUGUCCACCUGACGCCACAGAGGAGCCGUGGACUGGCAGCAGCCUCCUGGAGGGGAAAUGGGGGGCGCCUAGCUGCAGCAUCGUCGCGCAACUAGUAAAGCCACCCAGAUUUUCCCGAAGCCGCUAAAAGGGGCCACGGCCGGCUGUCCUGCAAGAUGGUAUCUUGGAUCAUUUCGAGGAUAGUCGUCCUUGCCUUUGGGACCCUGUACCCAGCUUACUCCUCAUACAAGGCUGUCAAAACGAAAAACGUGAAGGAAUAUGUGAAAUGGAUGAUGUACUGGAUAGUGUUUGCGUUGUUCACCACAGCAGAGACGGCCACAGAUUUGCUCCUAUCAUGGUUUCCAUUUUACUUUGAGCUAAAGAUUGCUUUUGUAAUCUGGCUCCUGUCCCCGUACACAAAGGGCUCCAGCGUCCUCUACCGCAAGUUUGUACAUCCAACUCUCUCCAACAAAGAGAAGGAGAUUGAUGAGUACAUCGCUCAGGCCAAAGACAAGAGUUAUGAGACCAUGAUGAGGUUUGGAAAACGGGGCCUCAACCUCGCCGCUAAUGCUGCCGUCACCGCGGCCACCAAGGUGGGCCGCUCUUUCGGGCAGGGCGUGCUGUCAGACAAGCUGCGGAGUUUCAGCAUGCAGGACCUGACGCUCAUCAACGCCGACGACGACCUGGUUCUGCACCCCUCCGAGGUCCGCAUGAGACGAGAGCACACGGACAACAUGGGGUCCGGGGUCAGCACGCUGCCCAGGGCCAAGAGCACUGCUGCACGCCAGACUCGCUCGGUGGCGGCUGCGUCUCUGGCGGACGACGCCUCGUCCCAACACAGCUCCGACCAGUCAGACACGAGGACCGAGCAUUCUGACGACGAUUUAGGAGACAAGGCGCCCAAACGCAACACGGCUGGAAAGACGACCAAGAAACCCGCUGCAGUGAAAACUGAGACUCAAGCCAAGACUGUGAAGAAGACAACCAAGAAAAAGACCACAACCAAUAACGCGGAGACGCCACCUUGAGUCCUGCUGUCCACGGCCCCGCCCCCUGCUCUCCGUCCGCCCACAGCCAGCGGUCUCCUUUGCCUUCACCCCGCUCUAAGAACUGAAAUUCUCUCGCUCUCUACGUGCAGACGGUCUUUUAAAAAGUACGUUUUGGUUCGGAGAGAUGCUCUCACAUUCACUGGCUUAUAUAUAUUAUAUAUAUGUUUUUAAAGAUGUUUUAGCGUGAGCUUAAAUCCUGGUGGAGUUUCCCCGAUCAGCAGCUUUUUUUUAAAGGUCAGUAGAUACUCGGACGCGUCCGAAAAGAGAAGUAUUCUUUGUGGAUGGAAGAAGUAAAGUGACGUCUCAUCUGUGUCAUUAGCUUCUUUCUGCAGGUUUGGUUUAAUCUGCCCCGCAGGGGGCAGUAAAAGUCCCUCUUUGUGGCUGGGCUGCAGCAGUAUAUGUCUAAUGUUUACAAACUGCUGUCUUUAUGUUUUAGCAGCUUCACAUUCUGUAUAUUUUCUUCUUCAUUUGGGCUGACUGAUUUUCAUUUUCCUUUGAUCUCAGAGAAGCUAGCCCAGUGAAGUUCAGUCUCUUUGGGUACGUUUACUUUCUGGCCAGGUGCAAGACUGAUACCAAGGCGGUUCAUUCCUUCCGAGCUUGGUUUGUCUCCAUUUUGCCGCCAUUCUUGGGUUGAAACUUAAUAAUUCCCUGAUGCCAGAAGCUUUCCAUCAUUUGUGUUUGACAUUCCAAAGUAAGGUUUUCCCCUGCUUCUGAGAGCUUUGGGGAUCAUAGUUUUUUUUUUUUUUUUUUUUUAUUGCUGUAAAGGAGGAACACUGGGGUGGGAGUCAUAAACCGCAGCAAGUUGUUCUGCUGUUAGUUACCAAGCUGUGGAGUUUUCUGCUGCUUUGAACAUAAAUGAAGGCUUUCAAUUAUUAAACUGACCGUGAUUUCUUUAGUGCACUACAAAGCAAGAGACUGCAACACUUCAAUCAGCCAACAGGGGGAGACAAACCCCACUUAAACUGUUGGAGGAGCUCUCAAUGUAAAUAAACAUUACUGUACAUCUAGCCUUGGUUUGCCUGCCUUAUUCAUCUUUGCUUUAAAUUUUUUAUUUAUUAUUGGUUUUUAUAGCUGAGGAAGCUUUGAGUGUAUCAUUCUAUUGUUUGGCAUAAAAAAAUCACCAAGUAUUAUCUAUAUUUAAAAGCUUCUUUGUAUUAAUUUAAAACAAAUGCUCGCUUUUUCAAUGACUCCCUUCUUGGAUAUUAGGUUAGAUUUGAUCAUGUUUCACAGUUUUGGAUUUUUAACUUUCACCAUAUGUGUUUUAGUUGUUUAUUAUCUUUAUAAUUAAUGUCAUAAGGCCUUGGUCAACUGGAUUUUUCCUGUACUUGCAGCUUAUCAAAAGCUAAAAGUUGACUAUCAUCUGGUACAGCUGCACCAGAGAAGAUUAUGCUCCACUUAAAGUGCUAAUAAAGGAACAGAACAC